UUGAAUUUCCAAAAAUGUGAAUUAAUAUUUUUGCAAAUACUUAGGUGGUCAGUUACAAACAGGGAUUCCCCAGGAAUCUCAAUAUGGCCUCUAAGGAGGGGCUAGAUCAUCCUCUGCCCUAAAAGGAUGCGCGCUUUAAUGAACCCCCUGAGGUGGAGCUGGGACUUCCCUGCAGAAGCGCCUUUGGGAAGCGGCAGCUUUACUACCUUGGAAUCUGGGGAACUACAUUACCCAGAAAGCUCUACAUUUAAUGACAGCGCGACAGAACCAGUAAGAGCUCAAAAUAAAUGCGUUUCUGUGUGCGCACGUAACGUAGUGGCGGGAUUCUCAGCGUUCUCUGGUAGCGACCAUUUUGGUUAAUGUUGGGUGUGUGUGUGCGGUUUGUGAGGUGAGAGGCGCUGGAGCUAAGGGUCCGAACCGCGGUGUCUGAACCCAGAAGGUGGAGAAGAGUCCUUCUUGCUGCACAAAGGCGGAUCUUAGGCCCCUUAACGGCGCCCGCCGCUCCCGGCCGUGCUUUCCCCGCGUACUCGAAUGGCGGCGGCCGCGCUGAGACUCCCGGCUCAGGUAAUUGUGCCUUCCCUGCCAUCAGGUCACUUCAUCCUAACCCGAGUCCUGAAGCAGCGAGGGAGCGGCGACUGUUCACAGGCAUCAUCUGGCUGCAAAGAAGAGAACACACUGUGUUUGCGGGAGGAGGAAGGAGGAUCAGAGUUUAAGCUCCUGCCAUAAUGCAGACCAUUCUCCAUAACAAGGGAGUGGGAUUUAAAUGACUCUCAGUGGACAGAGGAUAGUCGUCAUUGUAGAGGGGUCACCAAGUGCAACACAGAAGUGGAAUAGGGCCAUGGAUAUCUAAAGCCCCACCUGGUUCUGUGAGGGUGUGGAGCCAUGCAAGAAGGCCUUCACAGAAUGACUUGGGACUGCAUUGCUAUUGGGAGCCAUGAGAAUUCUGUGCACGGCACUGUGGCAUUUGAAGAUGUGGCUGUGAACUUUUCCCAGGAGGAAUGGAGUCUCCUUAGUGAGGUUCAGAGAUGCCUUUACCAUGAUGUGAUGCUGGAGAACUGGGUACUUAUAUCCUCCCUGGGUUGUUGGUGCAGAUCAGAAGAUGAGGAGGCACCUUCUAAGAGGAGCAUUUCUAUACAAAGAGUGUCUCAGGUCAGCACUCCUAGGGCAGGUGUGUCUCCCAAGAAGGCCCACUCUUGUGAAAUGUGUGGCGCAAUCUUGGGAGACAUUUUGCACUUGGCAGAUCAUCAGGGGACACAUCACAAGCAGAAACUGCACAGGUGUGAGGCAUGGGGGAAUAAAUUGUAUGAUAGUUCAAACCAUCAGCACCAGAAUCAGUACCUUGGAGAGCAACCCUAUAGACGCAGUGUUGAGGAAGCAUUGUUUGUGAAGAGGUGUAAGUUCCAUGUGUCAGAGGAGUCAUCUGUCUUCAUUCAGAGUGGAAAGGACUUUUUGCCCAGCUCAGGAUUACUGCAGCAGGAGGCCACUCACACUGGGGAGAAGUCAAACAGCAAAACUGAGUGUGAGUCUUCCUUUCAGUGGGGAGAUACUCAUUACAGCUGUGGGGAAUGCAUGAAACAUUCUAACACCAAACACGUACUUGUUCAACAGCAGAGACUUCUCCCUAGAGAGGAAUGUUAUUGCUGCGAAUGUGGGAAACCCUUUAGCAAAUAUGAUGGCUUCAGUAAUCAUCAGAGAGUUCACACUGGGAAAAGACCUUAUGAAUGUGGAGAAUGUGGGAAAUCUUUUAGUCAUAAGGGCAGCCUUGUUCAGCAUCAGCGAGUUCAUACUGGAGAAAGACCUUAUGAGUGUAGAGAAUGUGGGAAAUCUUUUAGUCAAAAUGGCACCCUCAUUAAACAUCAACGAGUUCACACUGGAGAAAGACCUUAUGAGUGUGAAGAAUGUGGGAAAUGUUUUACUCAGAAGGGCAAUCUCAUUCAACAUCAACGAGGUCACACUAGUGAAAGACCUUAUGAGUGUGAAGAAUGUGGAAAAUGUUUUAGUCAAAAGGGCACCCUCACUGAACAUCAUCGAGUUCACACUAGAGAAAGACCUUAUGAGUGUGGAGAAUGUGGGAAAUCUUUUAGUCGAAAGGGACACCUUAGGAACCAUCAGCGAGGUCACACUGGAGAAAGACCUUACGAGUGUGGAGACUGUGGGAAAUCUUUUAGUCGAAAGGGCAACCUCAUUCAGCAUCAGCGAAGCCACACUGGAGAAAGGCCUUAUGAGUGUAGGGAGUGUAGGAAAUUAUUUAGGGGCAAGUCCCACCUCAUUGAACACCAGAGGGUUCACACUGGAGAAAGGCCAUAUGAAUGUAAUGAAUGUGGGAAAUCAUUUCAAGACAGCUCUGGGUUUCGUAUUCAUCAGAGAGUUCACACUGGAGAAAAACCGUUUGAGUGCAGUGAAUGUGGGAAGUCAUUUCCUCAAAGCUGUUCUCUCCUUCGACAUCGGAGAGUUCAUACUGGAGAAAGGCCUUAUGAGUGUGGAGAAUGUGGAAAGUCAUUUCAUCAGAGCUCUUCCCUCCUUCGACAUCAGAAAACUCACACUGCAGAAAGACCUUAUGAGUGCAGAGAAUGUGGGAAAUUCUUCUCCAGUCUCCUUGAACACAGGAGAGUUCACACUGGAGAAAGACCUUAUGAAUGCAGUGAAUGUGGAAAAACAUUUACUCGAAGGUCUGCACAUUUUAAACACCAGAGACUUCAUACUCGAGGAAAGCCUUAUGAGUGCAGUGAAUGUGGGAAAUCCUUUGCCGAAACCUUCAGUCUUACUGAACACAGGAGAGUUCAUACUGGAGAAAGGCCUUAUGAGUGCAGUGAAUGUGGAAAAUCAUUUCAUCGAAGCUCUUCUCUCCUUCGACAUCAGAGAGUUCACACAGAAAGAAGUCCUUACGAGUGAAAGAAAUUUGGGAAAUUCUUUAGCUAAACCUCUGUGCAUCUUCUUGAUCAGAGAGUUCUUACUGGAUCAGAACCUUAUGAGUGUGACAAACGUGGGAUAGUCUUUAUGCAGAAGUCUUGCUUUAUUACCUACAGAAGAGCUCACCCUGCAGAAGGGCCUCUUGAGUGCAAUGAAUGUGAGAAAGCCUUCCACCUUCUGUCAUUGGGUAACAGAUUGUUCUCAUAAGGAGAACACCGUACACAUACAGGAAAUAUUAUUUCUUGUAAAACAUAACACUGGAGGAGAUGCCUUAUGAGGGAGCCAUCUGCCUAAAUUGACAUACCUUCAGCAUCUGCAUAAACUCAAUUAUGUUGGAGCUGUGGCAUUUUUCACCCUGCCGGGUUCCCUUGCCAGACUUAUGUGACUGUCAGUUAGCUGGCAAAUCCAUUUUAUGUCAGCCACGAGGCAGGUGUUCACCGUGCAUCAUUCAUUCACCCCAUGAUGUUCUGGAAGUAAACCUUGGUUGUCUUUCAUUGGCCAGAGGAAUUGGGAUCUCAAGGGCAUUUCCCUUUGCCCACCUCACCUUUUCAUAUUUGGUAAACUGUAUGCAUUUGCCUCCAGCCCAAGAUUAUAAAUAUGAACUGAUUAUGAUCUGCAUGUUCUCUCAUUGGGUUCAAGCAUAUCCUUACAGAAAAGCCACCGUGGAAGUCGUGGGUAAAUAUGUGUUGGAUUGGUAACUCCCUCUUGGAGAAUUUCUUGUGAAUUACACAGCAAUAGGGGAACUCAUUUAACUGGAGACGUAAUCUCAAUUUGUAAAGUGUGGCCCAUCUUCUAACAUUUUUAUUUUGCAUACCCUCCCCUGUCUUCUGGAUUGAUGAAACUAACAAAGAGAUUAAUAAAAACCCAUCUUGUCAUGU